UUUCUGUAUGACACAAGGUGUUGUGUUGUUUCAAAUGACAUAGUCAUGGGGUCACCUUCAAAGAAACUCUGGUUCAAGGUGGCUUUUAGCGGAGGUGUUUCACGUUGCUGUGUAAUAAGUACCUAUGGGAUCACUUAUUAAAGCAAAGUGUGGGUGCCUACAACUGUUUCUUGCACUAAUUAGUGUCGUGUAUAGAGUUGUUAAAAAUUCCAUUUUCUUUCGUAACAUUCUUGGAAUUUUCUCGCCCAUGACGUGGAUUUUGCGAAGCCCAGUGAUUUUUAUUUGCGUCCAGUUAUUUAUAUUAACACUUUGUGGACUGGUGUGCCACAAAUAUGUUACAAGCAUUAAUAUGGAGAUAAUUUGUUUAAUUUUGAGAUUCUGUAGAUCAGUAUUGAGAAAAAUGCUUACAGCUGUAGCGGUAUCAUAACAGAAAUGAUGAAUUUACAAAUGUAUCUGUGUUUUGCAAUACUUCAUUUCCCUCACAGCUGAACUCAUCUGCAUUAUUUACUUGUGAGAUCCACAGUUCUUUACCUUGUGCAGUAGUGUCUCGUAUAUUACUCUGUAGUUUUGGUUCACAAAAAAAUGAGCAUCGAACACUGCGUGCUUCAGAAGGUUGAGCGGCAUAUUGUUGGAUUAUUGAACAGUUGUAUCUAGUAAUAACAUAUGUAUUGGUUUGCCCCAUCUACAUUUGUUAUUUUGAAUAACACAUGUUACUUUAUCAUGUCUGACUCCUUCUUGAGGUCUUGUGGGAUGCAUCUUUUAGUCCACAGAAUGCCACAUAUUUCUUCCUUUCUAAAAGAGAUUUUGCUGGCCUAACUCUGGUAUAAAAAUUGUCCAGGUAAAUGUCAUGAUUUUACCUGAAGUUUUCUCUUAGAAUGCCUGUAUGUAUAUUUCCUUGUCACAGCUUAACUCCACACUAUUUAUACUAACAUUCCAUAUUGAUGACUUUUCUUGAAUUAUUAUUCUGGAAUUUAAGGCGGUUUUUCUGUCAGAUCAUUUCUUCAUAGACGGUUCUUUUCAUGAAUCUUUGCAAUAUUCAUCGACAGACUAUAUCGUAAGAUGGAGGCAUUAUGUUGCUGCAGAACAUUGGUACCUACCUAUAAGACUACACAUUGUUAACCCAGAAUCCACAGUCUGGUGUAUCAUGAAGUUCUUUAUUAUUUAAUUUCUCAUUCUGAAGCCAAAUAACUUCUCUUGGUCUGUAUUUAAAGUCCGCUGGUAAUAAUUAUAACAGUUUUAUUACAGUGAAACUAUGAAGUUGCAAUGUGCUGGUUUCACCCACAUGUUUAUGUAGGAUUUUCUGAGAAAAGAAUCCCCACAGCCAUCUCACAGAUUUCCCACUAACUUUACCAUUGUUUUCAUCAGUCCAUAGCAAUGAUUUUUGCUUAGCUCGUUACAGCUGGGUUUAUGCACUUUGACUGCAGAGGAGGUAUUUACCAAUCAGGUAACAUGUUGCUGUGUUUUUUUCCCACACAUUUUUCAGUUGAGAAACAAAAUUAAGAUUAGUAGUAUCUUAUCCAAACUCUUUAAUCUGCUUUCAAGGUAGUUUCCCGACAUUUUUUUUGCAGAAACUUACCUUUGUGGGAAUUAAACUUUGAAGUUUUAUAAUUUUUGUAGGAGAGAGCCUUUGUUGCUUUCAGUUGUUAAACCUGUGCUCCUGUUCAGAUCUGUCUCAGUACAAGUAACUGUACCACACAGACUACCAAAACCACUAAAGAACAUAACAUUACAUAACAUGGUCAAUUACUGGUUUCACUUUCACAGAUUUUAUCUCUGUCUCUCUCUCUCUCUCUACCCUCCCUCCCCCCUCCCCCCAUUUUCUUUUUUGGCUGUUAUUAUGUAGUUUUUCUGUCUCUGUCUACCUGUUGAAGUGGAAAGGCAAGGUGGCCACUUGCUCACAUCUCCUUGCCUCCUCACUGCAUCAGUAUGUAUCUGCUGUGGUUCAUGGUUCUGAUCUCUCUGAAGUCUGCUGUUCAAUAUGCAGAUGGCCAGGUAAUCGGAUCAUGGCGUCCAAUGACAAAUUUUGCAUCUGUUCGACUUGUUCAGUGCCCGAAGAGCAGAGGACAGCCGUGGUCCUGUGUGCCAGCGGCCGUCUGCCCCACAAGCUGGUACUAUUGCCAAAUGGAUGGCAUGGAGCCAUUUGUCUGCUGCCCUCAGCCUGUCAUGCGAAAGAGAUGUGGAAUGCUGUACACUGCUGACAGAGAUGUGUCUUACGUUCCUCGUGAUCAGAUGUUGGGAGCUGCGGUCGGUGGAAUUCCUCUCCGAACUGCCACUAGCUCCCCUUGGAUGGUCGCAGUUGGUGAGCAGCAGGAGAAUGGUUCGGUAGAUUGGUAUUGUGGUGGCUCCAUGCUGCAGGCCGACACAGUCCUCACGGCGGCUCAUUGUUGUACUCGCAGGUCUCCGGAUGUCGUGCGAGUUGGAGAACUGGACUUGUCGCGACCAGAUGAACAAGAUGCCAGUCCUGAGGAUAUAUCUGUGGAUAGCAUACACAUUCAUCCCAACUAUAAGCCUCCGAAGUAUUACAAUGACAUCGCGAUACUAAAAUUAUCUCGCCGGGCAGAGUAUAGUCGUUAUGUGAGACCGGUCUGUCUGCCUGAGCCAAGGCAGAGGAUGGCUUAUGUUGGAAAACAUGCUGUCCUCACAGGUUGGGGCUAUCUGUCAUUUGGUGGUGAAAGGAGUCCUGUGUUGCAGGAAGUCAGUGUGACAAUUUUCAACAACAGUGACUGUAUGAGGGCAUACUCUGGUUCGCUCGUUCCCCGGCGUAACUACCCUGAAGGCAUCAUUAACUCUCAGCUGUGUGCAGGUGAUCCAAAUGGCGGCAAGGAUGCGUGCCAGGGUGAUUCAGGGGGGCCUCUUGUGGUACGCGAAGGUGACGUCCACGUCUUGGUUGGUGUUGUGUCGUCAGGCAUUGGCUGUGGCUCAAAAUCUUUUCCUGGAGUUUAUUCAAGAGUGUCAUCAUUUGUAGACUGGAUCAACAUUCACCUCAGAUAACUAUUUGUGACAGCAAUGAACUGAGUCUCUGGGAAAGGAUAUGUGAGGACACGUCGCAGUUCAGACCCCACCUUUACCAGGUGCACUCUCGGUUCGUAUUUGUGUAGAGAAUUUAGCAUGAUCUGCAAACAAGUUGGAACAUUUUUUAUGCCCUUUGGAUUAUAAUGGUAUAGCAGAUUUGGAAUUCAGUUUUCUGGCAUGCUUUUCAAAGUUCAGAUAAUUUAUUUUGCAAUAUAUAAUUCUACUUUUCUUUUCCAGAUGCGACACAUCUGAAUGUAUCAUAAUAGGGUCCAGUGUUGGUCCAUUUACCAGUGAGAAUUUAUCCUAUUCCACUUUGGUCCACCAGCGUACAUCACCAAAAAUAGUUCACGUUUCUUUAUUUGUAACUGUGUGGCAUUGAGGUUAUGAAAUUAUCCAGGUCUCGCUUCUGAGAUGUAUUUUGGUGGCUUGCUGGAGCAAGUCUUAAACGUACAGUUCUGUCAAAGUGUACAACAAGUAUGCGGUUUAGAGUAGAAUUUUUUGAGAUAACAAUAGUUUUAAAAAUGUAAGAACUUCCUGCGAAGCUCACGGUAGACAACGAGGAGAAGCCUCUGAUCAUCGCUGAAACACCUCAUUCUUCACUUCACUCACCUGUCCAUUCCCAUUUGUCUUAUUUGUGAGCUUCACCUUAGCGAAUGAGACGGGCUCCUUCAUCCAGUGUGCUCCGAAGUUGGGCGACUCUGGGUGCAUGUAAAUAGGGUUGGGUGGCGGCACUUCCGCCUUGCCACCGGGCACCCAUUCCCCGUUCACGUAUUUCCACCUGUAGCGAUUAUAUUUGAACAUGAUGCGUGAUCAGUUGCAGUACAUAAUAAUGCGUACAUGUUCACACCAAGCAUUAGAAUGUAAUAGGAACCUAGUGGUCCAUCGGAGAGUUGCUGGCCUCACCAAGGGCAUUAGUUUAUAAACCUGGCCGGAUCUAAUAUUUAGUUUUCUGCUUCAACUCCCCAUGCAGACGCCAUGCCAACUUUUAAGUCUAACCUUCAUAUGUCCCUGCCUACUUUGUGCUCCCACUUCAUUGGGCUGAUAGAGAUGUGUCUAGAAUUGUAAAGCAGUGAAUGGUUUUAUCAUUCCACAGGACAUCACUUUUCUUCAUCUCCUUCUCACUGUUGGCCUCCCACCUAAUUCACUUGUUCUCCACCACCCAUGAAACUACCCUUCGCUCCUACAUUAUAAAACUUUCUUACCUGUGUGGGUCAAUUUGUACAAACUCCAGCAAUACGCUGUACAUGGCCUGUGGAUCUAGUCCUGUGACGCUCACCUUCACCACUGGGAACAUUCGUCUGUAACAAGUCCAGGGCGCGUGUUAUUUGUGCUUUAUUUAAUGACAUUUCAUAAUAACUCAUUCUUAAUUGCUCAUUUGAAUUAAAUCUAAUGAAAAUUUUGUUUGAGUUAAAUUACUUUCAAGUCCUUGUGCAAUAAAAGUUUAUAGUUCUUUAUUGAA